GGGGGCGGCCUACGGGCCGUCGCAAGCGGGAGGAGCAGACGCGGCGUCUGCAGGGCGCUGCAGGGGACGGCGGGAGCCUGGCGGCUGUUUUCUCAGCCGGACGUGCCCCUCAAGACAGUGCAUUCCUCACUCUUAGCUGGUGAAGAAUGGGGGAGCUGGAAGGAACCUACCGCGCCCUGCAGACCCCAGGGACACGCCUAGGCGCCCCGACCCCCGCGGGCGUCAGCACCCUCGAGCCUGGGCCGGGCCCCUCGGCGGCAGCGGCGUGGCCGGCGGCCAGGACGCCCGUCCGAGUGCAGCUGCUGGACGACUCCGUCGAGGUGUUUGGCGUUGAGCCUAAAUGCGAUGGCCAGGUGUUACUGACCCAGGUGUGGAAGCGCUUGAAUCUGAUAGAAUGUGACUACUUCGGCUUGGAGUUUCAAAACGUCCAGUCCUGCUGGAUCUGGCUUGAACCUAUGAAACCCAUCGUUAGACAAGUACGAAGGCCAAAGAAUACAGUGCUUCGCCUAGCAGUGAAAUUUUUCCCACCUGAUCCUGGUCAGUUGCAAGAAGAAUAUACACGAUACUUGUUUGCCCUGCAACUUAAGAGAGACCUUCUGGAGGAGCGUCUGACCUGCACGGACACCACGGCUGCCCUCCUGGCGUCCCACCUCCUGCAGGCGGAAAUAGGAGAUUACGAAGAGGCGCUGGACCGGGAGCACCUGCGGGCCCAUGAGUACCUGCCGGGCCAGGAGCGGGCCCUGGAGCGGAUCCUGGAGCUCCACCGGGAGCACGUGGGCCAGACGCCUGCUGAGUCGGAUUUCCAGGUGCUGGAAAUUGCCCGGAAGCUGGAAAUGUACGGCAUCAGGUUUCACACGGCUUCUGACAGGGAGGGGGCCAAGAUCAACCUGGCCGUUUCCCACAUGGGCGUCCUCGUCUUCCAGGUUACAAAUGUGUUCCUCAGCGAACGUCUGUCUCCUGAAUUUCAGAGCAGCACCAAGAUCAACACUUUCAACUGGUCCAGGCUCCGAAAGCUCAGCUUCAAGAGGAAAAGGUUUCUUAUCAAACUCCACCCAGAGGUCCAUGGGCCGUACCAGGACACCCUGGAAUUCGUGCUGGGGAGUAGGGACGCGUGUAAGAACUUCUGGAAGACGUGUGUAGAGUAUCACGCCUUCUUCAGACUUUCCGAUCAGCCGAAGCCCAGAGCUAGAGGCGCCCUCUUCAGCAGGGGCUCCUCCUUCAGAUACAGUGGAAGAACUCAGAAGCAACUAGUGGAUUAUGUCAAAGAUGGUGGGAUGAAGAGGAUUCCGUAUGAAAGAAAGCACAGCAAGACCCGGAUGUCUCUCCGCGCCCUAAAUGCCAACUUGCCGAGGCAGAGCAUCCUGUUCACCGAGGGCACGAGGGCUGCCGCGUCCCCGUCCUCAGCAAGUGCCUCCGUCUGCUCGGGCCUCGCCUCCGCUCCAGCCCCCGUGGGCCCGCUCGAUUCCAAGGACAGCAGCGGCUCCCCGACGGGGCCCCCGGCUCCCAGCGCCAGGUGGCCAGCUGCGGAGAGGAGCGGCGUGGCCGCGGCCCAGCCCCCCGGGCUGCCGGCAUUCCAGCCUUGCCAAGGCCUUUCCGUGGAGAGUCCUCAGCUUCCGUCCACCCGGAAGACCCCACUGAGCCUGAGCCCACUGGGCCCAGCCGAGCAGGGCUCCACUCCCCUGCUGAGCCCCGUCCUCAGCGACGCUGGCGGAGCUGGGAUGGACGACCAGGAGGAGCCGAGACACAAGUGUGCGCCCGUGGACGAGGCCUAUUUCAUAGCAAAGGAGAUUCUUGCUACAGAGCGAACAUACCUGAAGGAUUUAGAAGUUAUUACCGUGUGGUUCCGGAGCGCCGUGGUCAAGGCGGACGCCAUGCCUGCGGACCUGAUGACCCUGCUCUUCUCCAACAUCGACCCCAUCUACGAGUUCCACAGAGGCUUCCUGCGCGAGGUGGAGCAGAGGCUGGCGCUCUGGGAGGGGUCUUCCAGUGCCCAGGCCACAGGCGACCACCGACGAAUCGGGGACGUCCUGCUCAGCAACAUGCUUCAGUUAAAGACGCUCACCCGCCACUUCCAGAGGCUCCACGAGGUCCUGACGGAGCUGGAAGCGGCCAGCAAGCGCCUGCGGAGGCUGGAGGCGCUGCGCCGGGACUUCGAGCUGCAGAAGGUCUGCUACCUGCCGCUCAACACCUUCCUGCUGAAGCCGCUGCAGCGCCUGCGCCACUACCGGCUGCUGCUGCGCCGCCUGUGCGCCCCCGACCGCCAGGACCCCGGCCGCGGCGACCAGGACCGCGCCGACCGCCGCGAAGCCCUCGAGGCCAUCACGGAGGUGACCUCCACCCUCCAGCACAGCCUCGCCCGGCUGGAGAACCUCCAGAAGCUGAUGGAGCUGCAGCGGGACUUGGUCGGCAUAGAGAACCUCAUUGCUCCCGGCAGGGAGUUCAUCCGCGAGGGCUGCCUCCACCAGCUCACCAGGAAGGGCCUGCAGCAGAGGAUGUUCUUCCUGUUCUCAGACAUGCUGCUGUACACAAGCAGAGGUGCCUCGGGGACCAGCCACUUCCGGAUCCGGGGACUCCUUCCGCUGCGCGGCAUGCUGGUGAGCGCCCGGCGCCGGGCAGGUCCGGACCGGCGGUCGGGGGCCAUGCCACGGAGCAGCACCUGCUGGGCUGUGGAAGAACGCGAGAAUGAGUGGUCUGUCCCGCACUGUUUCACCAUCUACGCCGCUCAGAAGACAGUCGUGGUGGCAGCCAGCACCCGGCUGGAGAAAGAAAAGUGGAUGAGGGACCUGAACGCCGCCAUCGAUGCAGCCAAGAGCAGCGCCGACACGGCCCUGGCACCGCCGGGCAGCGUGCUGUGCCCCCUUCCCCGCGGGCCCUCCGACGAGGUCUCUCUGGAGGAGUCGGAAGACGACGCUCGCGGGGCCCGCUGCUCCUCAGGGGGGCCGGGCCAGCACCGGGCCAGCACCGCCAUGCACGUGUGCUGGGACCGCACCACCAGCAUCUCCAGGGCCGACCGCAGCGCGGCCGUCGAGAACCAGCUCUCGGGAUACCUGCUGAGGAAGUUCAAGAACAGUAACGGCUGGCAGAAGCUUUGGGUGGUCUUCACCAAUUUCUGUUUGUUCUUCUACAAAACUCACCAGGACGACUGCCCCCUGGCCAGCCUCCCGCUGCUGGGCUACAGCGUGAGCCUCCCCGGGGAGGCGGACGGUAUCCACAAGGAGCACGUCUUCAAGCUCCAGUUCAAGUCCCACAUCUACUUCUUCCGGGCUGAGAGCAAAUACACAUUCGGGAGGUGGAUGGAGGUGAUCGAGAGCGCCAGCACCUCACCAGGGAGGGCCGGGACCCCUGAGGAGGAGGCGUGAAGCCCACCCUGCCCGGCUGAGGAGAGCCGAGCAAGCAGAGCAGGGCCAGCACGUGCCCACGACUGCUCGUCCCGUGUUCCCCCCUGCAGACUGGCAGUGGGUGGGCCUCACAGGGACACCUGGGAGGGGCACAGGCCCCCUCAAGACCCAGUCACUCUCUUGGCCCCGUGGGGCACCAGGACGAACACGCGUGUGCAUGGAAACAGGCCCAGCUCCAUGCACUGACGAGGCUGGUGCUCACCUGCCCUCUGUCCGCCUCCAGAGCAGGACCUUGCCUUUCAGGCUGGGUGAAAUGAGGGGUGGGGACAGGGCCCCUGGGUCACAGCUGCAUGGAAGUCCAGCAGAAGCCACCCUGCCGCCCACCCCACAUACCUCUGCAAAAAGUCCCCAUAAUUUAUCAGUCCCCAGGAGGUGUGCUGUGCUAAUGUGCAUGUGGUUAGAAAUAAAGGGCAUCUUCUGCGUGCCUGCGUGCUGCCCCUCGCCGUCCAGUGGGCC